AUGAGGAUUCGUAUUAGAAAUGUUGAGCAGGUCAACCAACACCUCCGCACCGCUUAUCUGUGUAGUACUCAACCAUCAGUUGCUCCAAAAACAGUUCUAGCUCCACAGCCUAGACCAGUAAUUGUCGAUAACGGAGAGUCAAGCAGAUAUUGGGUUGAUCCAACGAACCACAUGAGACUGCCAAAAUCAUUGGCCGCUGCUCUAUAUCAAACUCAAAAUACCCUAUCAAAAAGAUCAAUUGGAAAUAUGGAGAAGCCGAGUUUUCAGCCCAAGAAAGUGCUCAUUUUGAGUAAAUUGACUAGAUAUGAAUUCGAGAAAAAAGUUCAUAAAGGGUGUGAUGAUGAUCAAUUGGCUACAAUUCUCAAAAAACGUGGAUCUGACUACAAUCGUCUUCUUUCCAAGCACAAAAUCCAUCAUUCCUAUCUGAAUACACUCCAACGGGAACUAGAAAAUGCCGGAAUCGAAUCUCGUCUCGUUCGUCGUUUUGGAUACACUCAAGAAGCAGUCGACUGGGCGGACGCCGUGUUUUCUGCUGGUGGAGAUGGAACUUUUCUGAUGGCGUCUAGCAAAGUUCGCACAAAACAUAAGCCAGUCAUCGGAAUCAACACUGAUCCUCAAGGAUCUGAAGGAUAUAUGUGUUUGAUGAGAAAACUGCCAGAGGAGAAUUUGGCUGGAGCACUGAAGAAGUUGUUCCAUGGAAACUUUGAGUGGUUGUAUCGUCAAAGAAUCCGUAUCACAGUUACUGGAGAUGAUGGAAUUAGUGAUGCAAUUGAAUUACAUGAUCAACAAUUAAAUAGGGAUCCAUCAACAGCACGCUGGACUGACAAUCCACGUAGUCCUGCUAGAGAAAUUGAUGUGGAAGAAUGUAUGUCACUGUCACCACCUGUAAAGAAAAGAAUGAUCUCUGAAUCUGACAAAGUAGUCGUACCAAUUGAAAAGGAGACUGUCGAAUUACCGGUUCUAGCUCUCAACGAAGUUUUCGUUGGUGAAAGUCUUUCCUCUCGGGUAUCCUACUAUGAAAUCGGUCUUAAUGAAGAACAAAUGCUGAAACAGAAGAGCUCUGGAAUCACAAUUUGUACUGGAACGGGAUCAACGUCUUGGCAUUUCAAUAUUAAUAAAUUAACCGAGCAAUGUGUGCAGGAUUUGAUGAAAAUUGUUGCGGAACACUGCAAUCUUCCACAAAUUCCACAUGCUGAUAAGAAUGCGGUCAGCGAGAUUUGUACAAAGUUCAAUCAACAACUCAUCUUUGAUCCGGAUAGAAGACAACUCGCGUUUUCGGUUCGUGAUCCGAUUUUCAAUGCCACGUUCCCACCAACUGAUCCACGUGGAUUUGCCGACAAAAUCCGUAUAAAAAGUCGUGGUUAUGAUGCUCAUCUUGUUAUCGAUGGUGGUAUCUCUUAUCGCUUCAAUGAUGGAUCAGAAGCAGUGAUGGAAGUUAGAGAUGAAGAUACACUACGCACAGUUGUGUUUCGAUGA